AUGACGGAUGAAGAUUACAUUGACUCAUUGGUUCAAGCUGGCGAUGAGGAUGCAACAUUGGUCGCUGACUUCGAAGAGGCAGCGGCAGAAGCUCUUCAAGAAGAUCCCAGUCUGUCCAGUGCCUAUACGGCGUAUCAAGAUGCUCGCCGACGCCUUGCUGAAAAGGCCCGGAACCGUGGAUUUUGGGCGGUGUCCAAGAACCCCACAUAUCCUGGCAACUCCAAGGGGAAACAGAAUUUUUCCAAAGGGGGUUCAAAGGGCAAGUAUGGUUUUUCAGGAGGCCGUGGUCGACGAUCAUUGCAGGAUCGAAUCAUGAAUUCUCACUGCCGGAUAUGUGGUCGUAAAGGCCAUUGGCGGGCAGAAUGCCCACAAAAGGGUCAAAGUAGUCAAUCAACUGCAGCCGGAUCAGCCACCAGCACAUCCAUGCCCACCACCAACGUGGUGCCUGUGACGGAAGAGGGAGUUGAUGCACUGCCGCUGGAAUUUCUCCAGAUUCCCGUCGUGCAUGAAUCCACCCUGGAUGAGGAGACCAAUGCCACUGAUGUGAGAGCCAGUGAGCAGUCCAAUCGGUGUCGCAAUAAGCUUAGGAGUCGUGUCCAGCGUCAGUCAACAGACCAGGUCUCGUCGCAAGUCCGCGUAGGUUUGUUUUUGCUUGAUGUUUGCAAACUCAUCCGUAGUGCCAGUGCAAGGGACGUCAAGGGUCAAGUGGUUGCUGCAGAGACCGGUGUCGAGACCCACAUUGCCCACGAGGAAGAAAGUCGCCGCUCAGUCAGUGAACAGGGUCAGUUGUGGUUCAAGAUUCGCCCAGUGAAGGCCCCUCUCAUAGAUCAAUCGCAGAGAGUCAUGUCCAAUCAAUUGACGCUGAGCCAGAGGUUGAAGAAUGCGCGAGAGCAGGACGGGAGGAUCGAAGUGGAAGCCAUGACGAUGGCACAGCUGUCGAAGGAGCGAGUGACAUUCGGAGCCAAGUAUGUCAACUACACAUACCAGCACAUGUGGGACAAUCAUCCCGACUGGAUUCAGUUCAUGGUGGAUCGCUAUGCCACCAGCGAGAAGAAGGACCAUCAGAAGCUGAUGCGAUUCGUGAAUCUGAAGCUGGAGUGUGUGGAAAAUGCUCAGGAUCAGAUGCCAGUCAUGCCAAAGGGAAGCCAGUCCCGAGGAUCGCUGGGACAACAGGCAAAGUACAAGGCAAUGCCCCGGCCCAAGGCAAAGGCAAAGGGGUAUUCGAUUUUUCAGGGAUUAGUCGAAGAUCACACCUUCGAACUGCCUAUCAGCGACCAGUGGGAGGAGGACUUCGAGGACGUCGAUGCAGCACACGAGUCGUUCUGCCCGGAGAUUAUGACGGACGAAUCGACUCACCAGAAUGCCGAGGUGAUGCAGUCCAGGAUCACCAACAUCGAGCAGGCUCUCCAUCAGGUCAUUCGACAUCUGGAGAAUCCCAUGCCCAACAACCAGGGCGACCAUCACUUGGACCCGUCAAUGCACUCGGACAGAAAGCAAUUCGGUUUGGCUAUGAUCAAGGAGACCUUGCCACAGUGGAAGGUAUACCCUCGCAAGUUUGCCCGUGCCACCGCUCAGAUCAUGUGCCACAACAAAUUCGAAAGGCCAAUGCACUGGAACCUUAUUUGGCCUCUUUUGAAUGCUGAACGCAACAGUCCCUGCGGAUCAGACGAAGCUCUGGUCACAGAGCCAAAGCGCCCAGCUGACAAGUUCCCAAAAUCCGAGUUGCUGACACCAGUCCCACUGCAGGAAGCUGAUCCCAAACGUAGAAGAGUCGAGGGUAAGCAAGCCCCAGUCCUGUGUCAAGAACUUGUCCAGGAAGUCAUAGAUCAGGUGGACAAGGUGUUGCCUAGAGUUGGUAGGAUGCAAAUCACCAGUCCCAGUCUGUUGAGAGGGAUCAGCAACAUUUUUCCUGACAAGGACAUAGUGCAGAUCAUUGCAUGCCGCGGAACAACCAAGACACCAGAAGAACCCUCCAGCAGCUCAACAGAUCAACAGGUAGCCAGAAUAGACAGUGACCCCACUGUGCCAAUGGAUGACACGAGGAAUCCACCAACUGUACAGCCUAGCGAGGUGCGAGCCAGUGAACAAUCGGCCCAAUUCAAAGCUUUGUCAAGUUGGGAUCAAAAUAUGAUCAUUCGAAUGCACAAGAACCUUGGUCAUCCAAGCAAUGAUCGUCUCUCAACAGCUUUGAAGCAAGCUGGGUAUCGCCCUGAACUCGUGCAGGCUGCCAGCGAACUCCAAUGCCAGGUUUGUCAGUCCAGCGCAAUCCCAAAACACCAAAAACCAGCGACAUUGAAGCCAAGCAUGGAUUUCAACUCCAAAGUGUACAUUGAUAACGUGACAUGGACCAGCCAAGCAGGUAAAUCCUAUCACUUUUAUCACAUGUUGGAUGCGGGGUCAAAUUUUCAUGUGGCCAUAAUAGCCCCUGGUGGAACAACAACAAGUGUCGUAAAUAUCAUUCAACAACAUUGGAUGAGUUGGGCUGGCCCCCCAAAUGAAAUCAUGUUUGAUGCCGGAUCAGAAUUCCUCAGCACCGAAUUCACUGAAUUCUUGAACAAGUUUGGGAUUAAGGACAUCGCUGUGCCUCCAGAAGCUCACUGGCAAAACGGAAAGAUCGAGAGACAUGGGGGCUUUCUACAAAGCAUGCUGUCCAAAGUGGAUAAGGAACAUCCCAUUACUAAUUAUGAAGAACUUCAGGUAUCAUUGAACCAAUGCACACAUGCGAAAAAUACAUUGAGCAUUCGUCAUGGGUACAGCCCUGAACUCAUAGUAUUUGGCAAGCAUUCACGAUUGCCUGGUUCAAUUCUUAGUGAUGAGUCUCUGCCAUCCCAUACACAAGCCCUCCAAGAAGAUGAAAACCUCACGCCUCAGAGCUUCAAAAGGCUACUGGCCAUCCGAGAGGCCGCACGCCGGGCAUAUCAUGUGGCCGACAACUGUGACGCUUUGCGUCGUGCCAUGUUGAGCAGAUCCUGUCCAUCCCGAGGAACAUACGCUCGUGGUCAACAUGUCAUGAUUUGGAAAUCCAAUAUAGGUGGUAAUCCCCAAUGGAUAGGACCCCAUAGGGUUAUAAUCCAAGAUGGUAACCAUACCGUAUGGACCACCCAAGCCGGAAAGUUGUUUAGAAGGGCCCCGGAACAUGUAAGACCUGCGCUGCCUGAAGAAGUCACUUCCUCACCGGAAGAACCAUGUGAGUGGUCCACACUGGAACAACAGAUCCAGAGAAUGUCCCGGUCCGUGGAUGAAAUUCCCACAGAUCAGCCGCCCAUGUCUGAAACUUCCAUGCCCAAUGCAGGAAAUCCUGAAAACCAACCACCAGGAAAUGUGUCGAUGGAAAGAGAGGUAAGUGUGCCAGAAACAGUACCACAGCCAGAUCAUGAACCCGAGCAUAGCCAAGUAACCCCACCCGAAAUCUCAUCAGAAGAAGAUAGCUCCCUGGAAGUAGUUGGAUUGUAUUGUGAGGAUGAUGAUACAUAUGAAGAUGUGCUCUAUGCCCAGGAAGACACUGCCUGGAGAUGUGAAAUAGACAUAUCAUUAGACCAAUCUCUACGGGAUCAUCAACCUUCUCUUGAAGAGUCAUGUGUAUUGCUGGCAACCAAUGCCAAGAAACAAAGAACGGAAGUUAAACUAAGCACCCUAUCCCCAAGUGAAAAAGCAGAGUUUGAAAAAGCAAAACUAGCUGAAAUUCAAAACUGGAUUCAGACGGGAACCAUCUCAAGGGUAUUCAAAGAUCAGAUUUCCCCCGAACAGAUCCUCAGGUGCAGAUGGAUUUUGACGUGGAAGCCAAUAGAUAACUCUAAUAGCCCCACCGAUAAUCCCCAGAUACCUAUCAAGACGCACAAGACGAAAGCAAGGUUAGUAGUGCUGGGCUACCUGGACCCCAAGAUUGAGGAGAUCCCUCGCGACUCACCAACGUUGAACAAAACAUCAAGGAUGCUGAUCCUCCAAGUCAUUGCAACAAUGGGUUACACCCUGCAAUCAUUUGAUAUAAAGGCUGCAUUCCUUCAGGGACAACCCCAAUCAUCGAGACUCAUGGCCAUAGACCCAGUCCCCGAAAUGCGCAAAGUCAUGAACUUAGCUCCAAAUGAAGUCGCCCGACUCAAUAAAGGGGCCUAUGGACUUGUUGACGCACCAUAUCUCUGGUUUUGUGCUUUGCAGGAAGAGCUUCUCAGGUUGGGAUUCGAAACAUGUCCUUUUGACCCAUGUGUUUAUAUACUCCGGGAAAAAGAGCAUGGCAAAAGCACCAACAGAAUUGCUGGAAUCCUAGGAGUCCAUGUUGAUGAUGGCAUUGGGGGGGGUAAUGACUAUUUCAAACAACAGAUAGCUGCCCUUGAAAAGAAAUACCCAUUUGGUUCCAAAAAGACUACUGCGUUCACCUUUACAGGGAUUGAUUUGCAACAAAGAGGUGACCACAGCAUAAUACUAAGCCAAUCUGCCUAUGUACGGAAAAUUCCUGCAAUCAACAUCGAAACGAACAGAAAGACCAUGGACCAAGAGCCCGUCACCGAGAAAGAACGCCUGUUGCUCAGAGGCCUGAUCGGAAGCUUGCAGUAUGCCUCGGUAAACACCAGACCUGACAUAUCAAGCAAGUUGUCAAUCCUCCAAUCACAGAUCAAUAAGGCCACGGUGGGCGUACUCCAUGAAGCAAACAAAGUUCUCCAUGAAGCCAAGAAACAUCACGACGUCCAAGUAACAAUUAAACCAAUCCCUAUGAAUGAUUUUCGACUGAUGGCAUUCUCAGAUGCAUCCUUUGCAUCGGUUCAUAAACCUGACUCACACUCCGGUGUCAUAAUCGUAGGAACCCAUAAGAAAAUUGCCGAAAAUCAUCAAUGUCCUAUAAGUCCCAUAUCCUGGGGUUGCAAGAAAAUACAGAGAGUAGUGACUAGUACUCUUUCCGCUGAAACCACAGCACUUGCAUCUUCCUUGGAUCAGUUAUCAUGGAUUAGACUGUAUUGGGCAUGGCUGAAGGAUCCUCAAGUAUGCUGGAAACAGCCUGACAAGAGCCUGUCAACUCUCGAGCCGGCAAUCGCUGUACCAACCUUGCAACAUGAGUGUGAUCUCGCAAUCACUGAUUGCAAAAGCCUGUACGACCUUGUAACAAAGACCGCUCCACCCCAGUGCUCUGAAUUCAGGGUGCAAUUAGUGGCACGAGCCAUAAAGGAAACCAUCAAGGAAGGCAUACAGGUAAGGUGGGUUCACUCAGCCGCUCAACUUGCGGACGCGCUCACAAAGUCUAUGGAGUCAAAGUUUUUGAGGGAAACACUGCGGUACGGCGAAUACCGACUCGUGGAUGAAACAUCGACUCUUCGAAACCGUGCACUUUCCAAAGAUCGGAUCCGAUGGUUGAAAGAGCAUCAGGAAUCAAAUGAAUGUUCCAAAGCCUCAAAAGAAUAA